AUGACCCAGAUGACGAUGCAGAUCCAGGCGACGUCGAGGUCAAGAAGAAGGGCUAAUUACUGUGAACGAAAAGUCGACUGUUUCACGCUGGAGUCUUCGGCGAAGGCGAGGAAGGUCAAAGUGAGGGGCACGGCGCUGCUGUGCAAGACGUUUCGAGCCCACCUUGUAUCGAAGACUCCGAUUUGCCUCCCGGAGCGCGCGUGCGACAUCCACCAGGGCCAGACCAAUCGUGGCACUAUUUUGGGGCCCGCGGUGCUCGACAACCCCGACAACGAGUGGGUCGACAACGUGCUGAACAAGCAGAAGAUCUAUGGCUCUUGGCGCAUCACAGUGGGAGGACUAUGCCCCAACGGAGGUAAGGAGAAGCGCCCUGAUGCAUCGGUAGAGCGCGUGUUCUUCAACUCGCUCCCGUCGACGUUCUUCGAGGCCCACUUCAAGCGUGUCUACGUCAAGGUCGUCUACGAUAUGACCCCUGAAUGCGGCGGGGUGGCCUUCGCUUGCGCCAAACUCAGGAUUGGAUGCUACGGUCUGUGCAUGACAACCGAGCAUGCGGAGCAGAUCCGCUCCAUGACGCGGACUUCCGUGCUUGCCGAGAUGAAGACCACUGGCAGCCCGAUCUACAGCACCGCGAUCGCCACCAUCAUGAAGUCCACUGGGAAUGAUCCUGAGGACACGAAGGCUAAGGCCAAGAAGCCCAAGAAGACGAUUGACCAAGACGGCGAGGGUGGAGACGGGUCGAUGUCCUCGCUCUCGGACGGCAGC